GGAAACGAGCUACAGAGUGAGUUAGCAGCGCGGACAGACGACAAGAUAAAAUAACAGCAGGCUAUCUGCCUCUGCUCUGAUCACUGGCUUUGAUUAGCACCUUAGUUCACUGACUUCUGAUCUCUCCGCCUCAGUCACUGCCUCAGAAUGGCUCUGCAGAGGACAGACCAGCAGGAGAGCUCAGAAGCAGACAGACACCUCCAGACGGAGUACGACACACUGACUGAAACACUGAACCUGCUGAAGAGGAGAGCAGAACAGCUACGGAGAGAUAAUGAGUUUCUUCAGAACGAGGCCUACCAAACACGCAUGGAGAGUCAAGAGUACAUGUCACACAUGUCGAAGCGGACACAGAAGCGCCAGAGUGCAAUUGUUGCUCUGAGUGAUCAGAGUCAAAAGGAGCUAGAAGAGCUGAGAAGACAGACAGAGGAGACACAGGAGAAACACAAGGAACAGGCCAACGCGCUGAAGAAGGAGAUUUUGGAGAAGGAGAAAGAGUUGGCUCUGCUGAAUCUUGAGAUAGCCGAGCUCCAAGAGUUUAAGAGUCUGCAGCAGGGGCAGCUGGACCACAUCGCUGAGCUGGAGCGGGAGGUAGCGGCCACGCACCUCCGUCACUCUGAGUCUCUGCAGGCUAUGAAGGCUGCAUUUCUUAGAGAGAGAAAGCACUUUGAGGCACAGGCCAAACAGAAGGUGCAGACACUCACUCUUGCAGGGAACAGGGAGGCACCACGCUGUCUGCUCUUUCACACGCAGGAAGUGUCUCAGGAGAACCAGCAACUGCGUGAGGAGCUGCAGCAGCUGAUUCAAAGAGCUCAUGCUCUACACAGCCACCAGGAGCUGCUGCGAACACAGCAGAGGCAGCUACUGCUGGAGAGAGAGUACAUGCAGGAGCUCCAUCUCCUGCGCUUCCCUAAACACUCAGACUCCACACCAAAAGGGGGCACCAGUACUGACAGCACCAACACAGGCACAGAUGCUACCAGCUGAAAUGGAGGUGACAUACGUGGGAGAUGAAGCUUAAUGAUAGGAUCUUCUUAGUGACCCACAUUUUCUGUUCAUGCAACUAAACUACUAUUAUGCCUACUAUUAGUGAUCCCACUGUCCUUCAAACACUGAAUUUUAAUUAAAUUGACAUU